CAACCAGUGGGGAAACAUGAAUUCUCUUCCUGAUGAAAUUCUUUAUUACAUCUGUGACUAUUUAGAAACUAUAGACAAGCUACGCCUCGCUUCUGUUUGUCAACGGCUUAGGAAAAUACUUUCUUCUCCGUUGCUGAACAAGUGAGUUUAUAUUCAUAAGCAUAUUGGUUUGGAUUCCCCGGCUUGGUUUAAUAUAGAUGGCAGGUUCGGAACUCUUCUCAAAUUGAACUCCCACUUAUACGUUUGGAACCCGUACACAACGAUACUUCCCAGUUACAGGAGCAUUCUUAGAUUUAUGUCCCUUAAUGAAAACCAUAUUCCAGAAAGCAUCCUUUAAUCAUUGCUGGCAUGUUCCCAAUGAGAUCAUUCAAAAAUAUCUUGAAAGAAACAAGGAAUGGAUUCAACAUCUUGAAUUGCAAGAUUGCUAUUGGCUAAAACAAGCCCCGUUAGUUAGAAGCAUUAAAAAGUGCACUAACCUGGUUAGUCUGGAUGUGAGUGGCUGCACUAUAUCUCAAAAGAGUGUCAUGGAGUUAAUGGAGAAAUGUAGUAAGCUAAAACACUUUGGUUGGACUGUAGACAAAAAAACAUUUUAUGAUGUUAAAGAUCUGAGUUAUGCUGAUGUUCCUGGACAAGUCAAACAACUCAAUUUGUGCUUCAAGAAACUUUCAUCAAUUAAGUUGGUCUUGUAUCAAGAAAAAGGAAACCAUUUUUUAAUAGAUAUUGAUUUUUUGAUACAAAUGAAACUCUGCAGAUCUCUUGUGUCUAGUCUAUGCUUGAAACAUUUGGAGUUAAACCUACUUACAAAUGGCAAUUAUGUGUCGCAUCCUUUUCAUGUAGCCAUGGAAACUGCUAACUGUAGAGAGAUACCCUCAGGACAUUGUCACCCAGCAGAGUUCAUCAAAAACAUUUUUCCACCAAACGACUCUACAACUGUUAUUAUGCCAUUUUCAACCACUUGUGGAUUAAUUCCACUUGUUUAUUGGGAGAAUAAACCCCUUGAUGGAGAUCUCCAACUCAGAAACAUUGACAUCUCAGGGACCAGACUCCUGAAAAUUAGUAAAGAAAAUAUCUGUAAAUUGUUAAGCUGUCCGUCUUUAGAAUUUAUAAAAAUUGGAGCUGGGCAGUGUUCUAGUGAAGAGUUACUAACUGUCUGUAGCCCAGUUCUGGAAUCAAUCAACUUUAUGAAUUCUAGAGAUUCUUUGGAUUCAGAUACUUUAGUACUUGAAAAUCUGUUGAAAAAAUGUCCAAAGUUAAAGCACAUUAACUUGCUGAACACUCACAAGUCAUGGUAUUGUACUUGUGAUCAUUCUAAAGACUUCAUCAAGACUCUCUCUAGUUUUAAGAGUCUGGUUUCUCUUGCCAUAAACCCAUGCUGCAUUAGAGCCAAUGCUAGUGAGGAAAACACAUCACAGCAAAACUGUGAUAAAGAAAACAGUCCUCUUACACUGGCUGCAUUGGCAGAGUCUUGUACAGAGAUGACUGAAUUUGAGCUGAUUGAUUCUAAAUUCAAGUCUGACAUUACAAAACGUGAUAACUUGUCAAACUUUUCACAACCAAUUAGUCUUCCUUCUGAUGGGACUAUUACUCUUUCCUUGGACACAUUAACUUGUUUAAGCCAGUGGAAACAUCUACAGAAACUAACACUUGCAGGUUUCCAAGUAAACAGAGCAGAUUUUUUAAUUGCAAUUUGUCAAAAGUGCACAGAACUUAAGUCACUUUCAAUAGCACACCUCAAGGGUCCAGCUCUCAGUCACUCUGGUAAUGUAGCAUGUCUAAAUAAAGCACUGGCUCUCUGUCACAAGCUUAGAGACCUAAGGCUUGAACAACCACACUUUGACAUCACAAAACAUUUUUUGAAUGCUCUGCACAGUGCAACAAAAUUGGAGAGGAUUUGCUUGAUGGUAAAUCAUGGGAAGCUGGCUGUAGAAGAGAUUGAACCAUGGUUAAACAAGUGUUCCAAAGUAAUUUUURUCCAGAUGUUUUGUGAUAUGACAUUGGCCUUGUGCAAAAAACUAAAGCAAAAGCUAGAAUCCAAAUAUGGUCCUCAUCGACCAGCAUUUACGGCCAGCUUCUUUGCAUUUCAUUGUGCAACAACAGCAAGAAUGCCAAUCAUAGGAGCACAGUCACCCAGAAAAAGUACACCACUGGUGCAUCUACAAGAAAUGACCAUGUUUACAUCACGAGUGGCCAGUAGUUAUAGGCUUGGUGACAAAUUUUAAUGCAGAUAUUGCAACCCUUCAGUCUAUCCAUUUUGUUAAUGAAUACACCAGGGACACUUUUAUUUAGCGGCAGGACUGCAACCCCAGCACAUGUGCAAGAAAGAACUGCACCACGGAUUUACGAUCAAUGAGGAUAUUGAGAGCUAGCAAGCUAACAUUUCACAAAGAGCGCGUUUGUUAAUUCAUCUGAAAUUGAUUUUGAAAAAAAUAAAAUCGAAAUGAAAUCAAA